AUGAGUCGAAGGAAUUUAAAUAAUAAUGAGAAUAUUGAAAAUCUUCGAAAUCUUAGAAGUAUGCAACAAAUACAUCAACAACUCCAUCAACAACUCCAUCAACAAAUUUUAAUGCAACCACCUCACCAUCAAUUUCACCAACAUAAUCAUCCUCAUAAUAUUCAUCAUUCACAACAUCAACAACACCAUAAUAUAUUUUUAAAUAAUAAUAAUAAUAAUAAUAAUAACAAUAACAAUAAUAGUAAUAAUAAUAAUAAUAGUAAUAAUAAUAUUAAUAGUCAUAAUAAUAAUAAUAUUAAUAAUCAUAAUAAUAAUUAUAAUAGUAAUAAUAGUGGUAAUAAUAAUAAUAAUAAUAAUAAUAAUAAUAAUAAUAAUAAUAAUAAUAAUAAUAAUAAUAAUAAUAAUAAUAAUAAUAAUAAUAAUAAUAAUAAUAAUAAUAGCAAUAAUAGUAAUAAUAACAAUAAUAGUAAUAAUAGUAGUAGCAAUAAUAUUCAUAGUAAUAGUAGCAUUAAUAAUAGUAACAAUAAUAAUAAUAGUAAUAAUAACAAUAAUAAUAUUAAUAUUAAUAAUAAUAAUAAUAAUAAUGGGAAUAAUAAUAAUAAUGCAUCAUUGCCUUUACAACAACACCACCAACAACAUUUUAAUAACAGUCAUGGAAGUCAAUUAGUACAAAUGCACUUACAAGCACAUCAACAAGUUGUGCAUCAUCAUCAUGUUCACCACGUGCAUCAUGUGCAUCAUAUACACCAUGCACCUCAAUAUCAACAACAACAACAACAACAACAAUCUCAACAACAACAACAACAACAACAAUCUCAACAACAAUCUCAACAACAACAGUAUCACCAACAAAGACAGCAACAACAAUAUUAUCAACAACAACAACAACAACAACAACAACAACAACAACAACAACAACAACAACAACAACAACAACAACAACAACAACCAUACCGUCAACAACAAACAAUAUCAUCACAUCAUCAUCAAAGAAAUUUUUUCCAAAACCAUUAUAAUCAACAUAAUGAUAGUUUAAAUAAUAGUGGUCAUGCUCAACAACAUCAUCACCACCAUCAUCAUCACCAUCAUCAUCCAUCUCAUUAUCAUGAAACCAUUGAGAAUAUUCAAUUUGAAGAUACAGACCCAGAUGAUAUGAAUCAAUAUGAACAUUAUUUGGAGCUUGAUAGAAAUAAUGUUCCACGUGGAGUACCAGACAGUGAAAUUAAAAAACUAAAAAGAAUUAUCUACAAUAUUGAAGAAUCUGAGAAAUUAGGCUCAAUAUGUUGUAUUUGUCAAGAACCAUUCAAAAAUGGUGAAUCAUUAAUAUCACUACCUUGUCUUCAUAGGUAUUGUGAGGAGGAAAUUAUGAAAUGGUUUGAAAGUAAUAAUACUUGUCCAUUAUGUCGUAAACCUGUAACUUUACAAAGUUGA